AUGCUCGGCCGAAUCCUGCUCACCGUCGACUGCAUCGGCCUCCUGUUUGGUGCAGUUAUAGCCGACUGGAACGAGACUCAUGUCUACAACUCCAGAUGGCCUCCACACGCAAAAUUCCACAAUGCGCAGACCAUCAGCCUCUCGGUGAUCCUGGGUCUCGCCACGCUCUUCCUCACCUGGCGGCCGUACCUGCAAGACACUGCGGGUCCCAAACGGCUGAGUCCUGAGCUGGCCCGGGACUCGCUGCGCAUGGCAGCAUUCACGGGGUCAAUCUACUGGAUCGCCGGGCUGGCAGCCGCCUUCUUCCCGGGGACCAGCGGGCUCGACCCCGAGUUUGGAGGGCCCGGGUUUCCCCAGAAGUGGCUAUUCAUGGGUUUCGGUGCCUGUGGUCUGCUGGGGGGCGCAGUGCUGUCUUGA